AUGUAUUCUGAAGAUUUAUAUGAUAGUAGUUCAGAUGAGGAAAUUUCUGAACGUUUGGAUAAACUUCAAAAAAAAAUAUCAACAUUAUCUGGUAUAAAUCAUGAACAAGUUAUUAAAAAAUCUGAAAAAAUAUUUAAACUUAUUAAUUAUGAACUUAGUAAAAAAGAAAAAAAAAUCAAUUUUUUACGUGAUGAAAAUUAUGAACUACAAGGACAAUAUUAUAAAAAGUAUAUUCGAUAA